AUGGCGCAGAAGGACAAGCAGCCCGAGUUCUUCCCGGAGGCCAAGGUCUUCUGCAACGGCGAGGAGGUCAUGACCGUGGGAGGCACGCAGGCUGAGUACGUCGUCGACAUCUGGUCGGGCAACCACCCCUUCUUCCAGGGGGUCAAGACGGCGGUGAUGACCAACGCCGGGCGCGUGUCCCGCUUCGGCGACAAGUACGGCGACCUCGGCGAGUUGUCCGAGGUGGAGACCAUGGACAAGGCGAUGGCGAAGAAGGGCGAGGAGAAGAAGUGA